CUAUAUUUAAUCAUUAAAAUUUCUUUCGAUCCGGAGGAUACGUAGUUCUAAUCCUUUCUUAUCUUUUCAUGUGUGAAUACCAAAGGUGCGUCCGGAAGCAAAGUCCAAGGUCAUUGGGAAAUAUUUGUUAAUCUGUUCUCUUUCUAUCUCUGUGGAAACAUAAAGGUAAUUGCAUCAAACAUAAUCUGGUCCUUCGUGGGAAAAACGAUCAGCGAUGACUCUGCGAACGCUAAAGAAAGACAGACAGCGGGUGAAAAGUCAUCUCCUAAUACUCAAAAAAGAUAGUGUGGAUGUCCUGGAUGCACCAAACGUGAAAGCAAAGAUUCUACAAGUGAAAGACCUGAUUGGUGAGCUGAAGGCCAUAGACAAUGCAUUGGAAAUACUGAUGGACAAUCUUCCUCAAGAGGAAUCGGCAGAGAUUCAACAGAGGACAGACCAAUUGCUAGAGGAGCUUUAUGACUUUCAAAACACUCUCACCACCAGGUUGGCGACAAUUGAAUACGUGCCACCACCACAGACACCACAACUUGACACAACCUUGACCACAGAUCCAAACAACACAGACACAAAGACACAACAGCUCAUUGACCUACUGAUCGGACGAUGCAAAGAUGAUGACACGAAGGAUGUUAAGUACGUAGCACGCACCAAGCUCCCGGAGUUGGCUUUGCCGACAUUCUCGGGGGAUUACAAAGAUUGGCGCACAUUCUCCGACACAUUUCGUAGCACAAUUCACGAGAUCAGUACAAUUCCUCCAAUCCAAAAGUUCCAAUACUUGCGGAAUUGUCUCAAGGGGGACGCAGCGUACCUUUUGAACAACAUUGAGAUGACAGAAGCGAACUACCAGACAGCCUGGCAGGAGUUGGAGGACAAGUACAACAAGAAGAAUUUGAUUGCAAACAGCUACAUGAACACGUUCCUCUCACAGCCAAAGAUUGUUAAGGAAGACGCCAAGGAGGUCGCAAAGGUUUGUGCUCUCUUCAAAGAAUCCAUUGCGGGGCUCGAUAGGCUGGGCGAUGAGUGCAAGACACGUGAUUUGUGGCUGGUAAAUCUGAUGCUGAAAAAGAUGCACGAAGACACAGUGACUUUGUGGUCAAAAGAGCGGGAUUCACGGACAAUCCCCACAUUGAAUGAAUGGUUCUCCUUCUUGGAGAAACGAUGCGAUACACUACUGCAAGUACAAGAGGGUAAGACGACAUCCCUUCCGGACAAACCGCGUCAGAAGAACGAGGCAAAGGUUCAUCACAUGGACACCAAGCAGUGUGUAAUGUGCGAAGGCAACCACACGCUCGCGGAUUGCGGCAAAUUCAAACAGGCCUCGAUUUAUGACCGCCAAAAGCUGGCUUCAAACAAAAUGUUGUGUUUCAAUUGCUUGAAGCCCAAUCACAGUCAGAAAACUUGCUCCAGUAAGGGCAGAUGUCGCACAUGCGCAAGCAAGCAUCACACGUUGCUUCAUCGCGAUUCAGUUCAGGGUUCAAAUGCAGAUGCUUCUCCCCAUGGGACGUCACAGCACGAACAAGCACCUCAGCCGACGGAAGGCAACACACGGAACUCUGGAGCAGCAAGUGGCAACAAUCCUCAAAACGCGUUGAAUUUCAACCAUACACAAGGAAGAGGAACCACACUACUUCUCACAGCGAAAGUCUUUGUGCUCGACAAGAUGAAUCAGAAGAAAUUGUGCCGUGUCCUCCUGGACAGCGGCAGUGAUUGCACAUUCGUUUCAGAGAAAUGUGCCCAAAUUCUCGGUCUACCUCGAACGGAAGAUCGAAUUGUAGUGAAGGGCGCAGGUGAGACGAACGUCGGAUGGACAAAAGGACUACUUCGAAUGACACUAGCCUCGCGCCACAACGAGCAAUCAAUUCAAGUAGAAGCGCACAUUUUGCCAAAGCUGACAUCCAUCCUACCACCACACUCGAUUGAUACAAGCAAUUGGCCCCAUCUAGAGGGAUUGCUUCUAGCUGAUGAUGAGUAUGACAGUCCAGGUCACAUUGACAUUAUUCUGGGAGUGGAUGCAGUGAUGAGUGUCCAAAAGCCUGACAUGAUUAAAAGCAUCAACGGAGCGCCAGCAGCAAUGAACACGAUAUUUGGCUGGGUUCUAGGGGGUCGUAUCAGUCAGCAAGACAGUUAUGUCGUGACCACACGCCACAUGCAAUCCUCUACGGAUGAAAUUGUACAUAAAUUUUGGAAAACGGAAGAAGUUCCUACCCAAGCCGUCCUGUCACAAGAAGAGAAAUUUUGUGAGCAACAUUUCGUGGAUACACACAGCCGCACAGCUGACGGACGCUUCAGUGUACAACUGCCUUUCAAGGGCGAACGAGAGGUUCCGGGCUCUUCCUAUGAGCGCGCAAGGGCACGAUUUCUUAGAGUCGAGAAGGAAUUUGAGAAAGACAGGGAGUUCCAGGAACAAUACAUCAAUUUCAUGUUGGAAUACCUAGCCAUGGGGCAUAUGGUGCCUGUGCCGCAACAUGAGAUCUACAAGGAACCUGGACAGCAGUAUGUGAUUCCACACCAAGCAGUGCUUCGUCCUAGCAGCACCACUACAAAACUGCGCGUUGUUUUCGACGCUUCAUCGCUCACAUAUCCCGACAGAGUUUCAUUGAAUGAUAAAUUGGCGGUGGGCUCAACUGGACAGGACGACAUCUGGAGUAUACUCGCAAGGUUCAGGACGUAUGAAGUGGCUUUCACGUCGGACAUUGAAAAAAUGUAUCGACAAAUCUUGGUUGACAAACAGGACCAGGAUUUCCAAAGGAUAAUUUGGCGAAAUUCUCCGGAAGAACCAAUGAAAAUCUACAGGCUGACGACUGUCACCUACGGCACGGCAAGCGCGCCAUUUCACGCCACUCGGGUUCUCCGUGAGAUUUCCUAUCAGGCAAGGGAAUCGCAUCCUCAAGUAGCAACAGCCAUCGUCAAAGGCUUUUACAUGGAUGAUCUCGCUUAUGGAUGCUCUACAGAAGGCGAUGCUAUCAAACUACAGGAAGAUACACAAGAAGUUCUCAGCAACGCAGGAUUUCAUUUGCGCAAAUGGGUUUCGAAUUCUGAGGCAUUCAUGAGGAAAUUGGAUCCAGCAGUGUGUGCACUUUCUCCAGACGAAGUGUUUACAGAAGCAAAAUCAGUGUCUGUUCUUGGACUGCAAUGGUUUCCCGGUGCUGAUAAGCUGACUUUGGACAUUGAAACGCCAGCUUCGGUCACCACAAAGCGGGAGCUACUGUCAGAGUGUUCAAAAACUUACGACCCACUGGGUAUCAUUGGCCCGGUUACAGUGAUGUUCAAGAUACUGUUUCAAAAGCUGUGGCUGGCAAAAGGCGAUUGGAAUGAUGAGAUUCCAGAUGAGGUGAAACGAGAAUACGAGCAAAUUCGAAAGGAGUUUCAUUUGCUUAAAGAUUUUAGUGUUCCCCGAUAUCUUUCGUGCACGGGGGGGAGCGUCGAAAUUCAUGCAUUUUCGGACGCUUCUACAAAAGCAAUAGGCGCAGUGAUCUACGCGAGAGCUGUCACACCUGAUGGAAAGUACUUGACUCAAUUGGUGACGAGCAAGAGCCAAGUGGCACCUAUCAAAACGACGACAAUACCAAGACUGGAGUUGAAUGCAGCCCGCCUGCUGUCAAGACUAGUGGAAAAAUUGAAGGAGUCUUGGUCACAUCUGCAGUUGAACAUCUAUGCCUGGACUGAUUCUGCCAUUGUGUGGUAUUGGUUGCAGGGUGAUCCACAUCGCUGGAAACUUUAUGUUGCAAAUCGGACUUCUGAAAUCCUGGACGUGAUUCCUGCAAGUUCAUGGCGCCAUCUCAACAGUCAGGACAACCCAGCCGACUUGAUCUCACGAGGAGUUCUCCCAUCCACAUUGGUCGACAGUGACUUGUGGCGGCAUGGGCCCAGUUGGUUGAGGAGUGAUGACUCAGCGUGGCCAAAUACACUUCCUAGAGGAGUAACUGGAGAUUUGGAGGAGAAGCGUGAUGCAAAGAAAUUGUUGACUACUCAAAGCUGCAUUGAUGUAUUUGAGGCAAUCGGUGACUAUCACAAAAUGAUUCGAGUUGCUGCACUCGUCAAUCGUUUUAUCAGAAUCUGCAAAGGGGAUAAGGAUGCCAGGGGUCAAGGUGCACCCACAGUCAAAGAAUGUCACGAAACGGAGCGAUGGUUGAUUCAGAAAAUACAACAAGAGUCUUUUCCCGAUGAGUACAAAGCCUUAAAACGGAAUCAACAAGUGAAGUCUUCAAGUCGACUGAGCUCGAUGCUUCCAAUGCUGGAUGAGAAUCAACUGAUGCGAGCUACAGGGCGCAUUCGUCAUGCCAAUGUACCCACACAACAGAAGCAUCCUAUCAUUUUGCCUGGAAAUCAUCCAUUCACGCGCAAACUGAUUGUCUACUACCACGAGUUGAAUCUACAUGCAGGAAUGACGUUGACAAAGAGUGCGAUUCAGUCCAAGUACUGGCUCACAUCUGCUCAUAGCAGCAUCAAAAAGGUGAUCAACAGAUGCGUAAAGUGCUUCAAAGCAAAUCCGCGAAUUCAAUAUCCACAAAUGGCGGACCUACCUGCAUAUCGAGUACAAGAGAAGACAGCAUUUUAUAACACAGGGGUUGACAUGGCAGGACCCUUCAUGAUCAAAUCCUCCAAAUUGAGAAAGGCUCGUCGCACCAAGGGAUACAUUUGCCUAUUUGUGUGUAUGGUCACGAAGGCCAUCCACCUCGAACUCGUGAGCGAUUUGUCUACAGAGUCGUUCCUAGCGGCUCUUGGUCGCUUCACAAGCAGGCGCGGAUUUCCCGCAAACAUCUACUGUGACAAUGGAACAACAUUCGUUGGAGCUGCUUCCCAUCUUACUGGCGAAACAAAACGGCAAGCAGUAAAGAAGCAUCAAGAGAAGGUCACGCGAGAGAUGUCUCGUUUCAACGUACAAUUCCACUUCAUCCCACCUCAUGCACCCACGUUUGGAGGAUUGUGGGAACGAGGAGUUGGGUCAGUGAAAACACAUCUGAAGCGAGUUUUGGGAGAAACUUGCCUUACGUACGAAGAAUUUUACACCAUACUGGUUCAGGUUGAGGCUUGCCUAAACUCUAGGCCGUUGUGCGCCUUGUCCUCGGAUCCAGGUGAUUUUGAAGCUCUCACCCCUGGACAUUUCCUGGGACCAUUGCGAUCGGUAAAUCUUCUGCCCAGUCCAGACUACAGUGACGUGCCCAUGAAUCGACUGAGUCGGUUCGAAUUUCUCCAAAAAUGUAUACAGUCCAUUUGGCAUCGGUGGAAGGCAGAGUACCUCACCACAUUGCAGGCACGCCCCAAAUGGCAGAAGAUCUCACCAAACCUUGAAUUUGAAUUUUGA